CAAUCGUGGAGGCCGCGUGGGUCAGUAGUGCGUCACUUCCGGUCCCGAGUGGGUGUUGUGGAGGGCGUUCGUGAGACCGAGUGGGUGCUCGGGCCGUGCUGUUACAGGAACACAGUAUAUAGGAUUGUUACCAAGCAAACAUGCUGGUUGCACGGCUCGUGUGCCUGAGGACACUGCCAUGCCAGGCUAUCCGCCCCACCAUCGCUCAGGCUUCCCCAGCUCUGAGGAACUCUGGUAUAAAAGCAUUUCGUCUGUGGCAGCCUAACCAGUGUUAUGCCACCAGAGUAAGAACGGGCGUAAGGCGUGGGAAAAUUGGCCAGGAAAUUAAAGAAGCAGCAUUUGAGCCAUCUACAGAAACUGCUCUUAAAGUUGAUCGCCUGGGAAAACUUGUUGUUGCUGGAGGGGCUGCGGUUGGCCUGGGGGCGCUCUGUUACUAUGGCAUGGGCAUGUCCAGUGAGAUCGGAGCUAUUGAAAGAGCAGCUAUUUGGCCCCAGUAUGUGAAGGACAGAAUUCGCUCUACCUACAUGUACUUUGCGGGAAGCAUUGGCUUGACAGCACUGUCAGCUGUAGCAGUAAGCAGAUCUCCUGCACUCAUGGGCCUUAUGACAAAAGGCUCCUGGCUGGCAAUCGGUGCAACUUUUGCUGCUAUGAUCGGUGCUGGAAUGUUGGUCAGGUCCAUAUCCUAUGAAAACAGUCCAGCAGCUAAACAUCUUGCUUGGAUGAUGCAUUCAGGUGUCAUGGGUGCAGUGGUGGCUCCUUUAGCUUUCUUGGGUGGUCCUUUGCUCAUCAGAGCUGCCUGGUAUACAGCUGGAAUUGUCGGAGGGCUCUCAACUGUGGCCAUGUGUGCUCCAAGUGAAAAAUUUCUGAACAUGGGAGGACCACUUGGAAUAGGCUUUGGCUUCGUUCUCGCCUCUUCGAUUGGAUCCAUGUUCUUGCCACCGACUUCUGCUCUUGGGGCUGGCUUGUAUUCAGUAGCUGUUUAUGGAGGAUUGGUACUCUUUGGCAUGUUUCUGCUCUAUGAUACGCAGCAUGUUAUCAAGCGUGCAGAGACUAUUCCAUAUUAUGGAGUAACAAAGUACGACCCGAUCAAUGCGUGCAUGGGCAUCUAUACAGACACACUGAACAUCUUCAUUCGUGUGGCCACCAUGCUUGCUGGUGGUGGAGGUGGAAGGAGAAAGUAAACCGAGACUCUUAGCAGCUGUCUGACAGCUCAGACUGUUAAAUUGUCUAUCUAGUGCAUAUAGUAAAUAAAAAUUCAUCGUUACCAGCAGUUUUGCUGCAGGUCAGAAGUUAAACGCAUUUCAGCCUGUUGUUUAAGUGCAAUGUGAUUCAGACUUAACAGUGUAUCAUCAAACACCUUCCAAUAGCGUGAACAACUUCAAAGCGUACAUAUUUGGGGAAAGUAAAUUAUUUAAAAUAUAUCUGAGUAAAAUUAUCUGAUUUUUUUUUUUAAUGGGCUUGGAAGCAGUUCAACUGUUGCUUUCCUUUUUAAUGGAACUGUGCAGAAAUAAUAGUCACUUGUAUAGACAUGUAUCUUAUAUGCAGACAAUGACAAGCUACUUCAGGAAAUACUGUUCACGUAUAACAGUUUUCAGUUAAGAUUGUGUAAAUAAUAUUUUCUUGAAGCAUUUAGAAGAACUGAGCGAAGUGCAUAUGACACUGAAUGUAGCAAAGGCUACUGCUGCCUGGGCAGAAACCUCAGAAAGAUUUAAGCAGUUGUCAGAAAUGCACUGGAUGGGAUGGCUGAUGUGACCAACAAUGUAAAGGAGACAAGAUGAGGAGCCUAUGUGACAUCUGCCCUUCGUGAAAAUGUCAUUCUCCGCCUGGAGCAUGUGAAGACACCUUGUCUGUUUCCCAGUACCUUAAUGUUGAAUGGAUGUAAUAACAGUUGGACUUUUUUGAUAGUAGAUCUAUCAAGUUGUUGGGUAAUUAUAGAGGUCUUUCUUGUAGUGACUAAUUUUUGGUAUUUUAAGUGAAGCACUGUUCUUCAGAAGAGCUCCCCACAUUUACUUGCUCUUAGAAGCUUGUACAAUUAGCACUGAAAGAAAGGGAAUUGAGAAUGGCCUGCUGUAAACCCAGGUAUCACAGGCAUGCUAUUGUUAGAUGCAUUGUUAGUCUCUCUUUAAUUCUUUUCCAGAUUGGUAUAUUUAGCUCAAUUGAAAGGAAAUGUUCCUGUCAGUAAAAUUGAUUUAACAUUAAGAAAUAUAUACAUGCAAAAGUACAUUGUGUUGUGCUGGAUUAAGGGGCAAGGGCACAAGGAAGUUUUGAGCUCACAGAAGUGACUUUACUUCAGUUUUUCUGGUAAAUUAUGCUGUGUUUAUGGGAGAAAUAAAAUUCUAGCCUCACAUGUU